UUAUUUUUUUAUUAUAGACGGAAGCCAUUGUAGAUGAUAAGAAGAUAAAGAAAGGACAGCGUUGGAUCGAUGAAGUCAAAGAAAUGCAGCGCCUGAAAGCAGAUGAUGAUGAUGAGCCAGAAGAUUUGCGAAGAACAACCCGAGGACGGCGCAAAACCGUGAUGGAAAACGAGCGGAUUCAAAAGAGGAAUCGUAAUGCCAAAACCACGCUAUUGGAAUCAUUCAAUGCCAGGUAUGAGCGAUUGGCGAACCCAACGAAGAAUGAAAGCGGCGCCAACGUGCGCAAGAGAGGAAAAGGUGGAAUUGGUGUUGAGGCUAUGGUAGCACGCAGGACGCAGUUAAUACCAAAAGGGAUGGAUCCGCGUAAAUCUGUGUAUCGGCCGCAGUCCAUUAACAAUCCAGGCGACGGUAUUGACAAUCCGGCGUUUGUUUCUUCAGAGGAGUUUGUUAAAAACUUUAUUUCUCCUUAAUUUUACAUGAGAUUGUUUCUCAAUUAUUUAUCCAUGUCUAUAUCCAUGUCAUAUUAGUAUUAAGUGAAAGAUUAAUUAUUAACUUAUAACUACCUAAUGCAAUCUAAUUUUUAAAUAUUCCUGCACUGCGAAUUAGUUUUGAAUAAAACCGUGCGAUGGAGCUUCGUUUCUGAAUCAGAUGGGAGUAAUCCAUAGAAACGUAAAGAAGCAAUGAUCAACAAGUUGGUGCAAGUUGUGAUCAACUCUGAUGAAAAUAUAAGAAACAAUGAGUGAAGAACUGUUAGAACUUGUAAAAGCGCACACAAACUGUGCCCAAACACCUAAUUUAUCUACUCGUGCAAAUGCUAACAUCCUAGCUGUACAAAUUGCUGAUUUGAUUACGAGGAAUCUUCAGGACAAACAGAAACUCAACACAUUUAUUAAUUAUAUUCGCAAUUUAAGCCAUCUACACAACAGAAAACAAUGCAUUAGUGUGGACAAUGUGUCUGUGUAUUUGAAUCACCUUCCAAUUGCUACAACUAAUCAAGAAGAUGAAGAUCUACAUUUACCAAAAGCAGACAUUAAUCAGGAAAUUAAUAGUUUCUACAGACAACAAGCCCAGAAACAAACUGAAGUCAAUAAAAUAAAAGAAUACAUAAAUAUUCAGACCCAACAAUCUUUACCACCAGAUUUUGACUAUAAUGUGAUUAUAAGUGAUACAAAUACAAAUGUAUUUGAAUUGAAUUUAAAUAAUGAUAUCAAUUCACCAAUUUUGGAUUCAUGUAAUGAUAAGCAGAGGGAAUCAGCAGUGAAAUUGGCAAUGUCAGUUUGUAAUUUGCCCAGCCAUGAAAACCUAGCUAAAACUGCUGUUAAUAACUUAGUUGCUAAACUUUCCAAAUACGAGGAGCUAUUAAUAUGUGAGAGGGAGUUUUUGAAGUGGUUAUUAACUGAGAGGUACUUAGAAGCAAGGAGGUUGGUUGAACUGUUUCCAUUUUUAUUGGAAGAACAUCUGAUUGACAUUGCAAUCAAACAUUUACAAGGAAAGCUAGAAGGCAGAGAUUAUCAACAAUUGGACUGGGUUCAAAAAGAUGUUGAAAUCAAGAACCAAGGAAUGGAUAUCAUACACAGUUUAUUCGUUAUGGCCAAAUACGAUUUAAACUUGUUGGAUGUUUUGAAGAAUAUUAUCCAGUAAAGAAAUUCGACUGCUGAGAAUCCGAUAACAAUUUAAAUAUUCCAUUUAUUACAGAAGCUGUUGAUAAGGCCACCGACAUUUUAAGGGUGUUUUUGUCUGAAAACCCCCAUUUUUAUAUCUACUUGUAUUAACUUUCAGCAAUGAAUAUGUAUUAUGUGUUUUUUUUUUAAUAAAGAAUAUUUUUUUUAAUGCAA